CGACGUUCCAGAACUGCUUUUACUUGCGACCAGCUAAACUCUCUGGAGAAAAAAUUCUCCGCGAAUCGAUAUCUAUCGGUGAACGAACGAUUAAAGGUGGCUCUUUCGUUAAAGCUGACCGAAACUCAAGUUAAAAUUUGGUUCCAAAAUCGCCGAACAAAAUGGAAGAAACAGAAUCCAGGUCGGGAUAUCAAU